AUGCGUCUCGCAUCAUCCAACAUCAACGCCAACGUUUUGGCACCACUUCACGUCCCCAGCCCCGACCGGGAGCGCAUGGAUCCCUUGGCCGCCAUGUUCAGCAGCACGCCUAACCUGCUCAAGGCCAGUUCCGAUCCCGGACUCCCAACUAACCCCGUCGCUGCGACGUUCACCCGCAGCGCCUCGAGCCACUGCCCGACGACCAUACACCACAGUCCCGGGCUCACAACCAUCGCCGCCAGCCCCCCAACCACACCGGGCGAUCUCAGCGGCCUGCCGUCCUCGUCGCAUACAGGAGGGUUGGCACACGCAAGGAUUCCCUCGGCAACUGCACCACUAUGCAAGAGCGAGCCAAUAGCAGAGCCCAAUGACGAUUACUUUAGCGGCGCGGUUGUAACCGACACGGACGGCAAUGUGCCGAUUUCUACCCCACCUCCUCUUACCGAUUAUGCCCUUCCGCGCAGUGUUGCCCAGGCAGAGGUCUUCUACCGCGAGCAUCAUUUCUAUGCCGCGCCGCCGUCUUCGCGCGAGGCCAAGCGCCUGAAGACGCUGUACAACUUCAACAUAAUGCACACGAACACAGAUGUCAACUUUGACCGCAUCGUGCACAUGAUCAAGCUCGUGUUCAAGGUCAAGAUUGGUUUCAUCACAAUGGUCGACGGCGAGCAGGCGUGGUUCAAAGCCAAGGCCGGAUUCGAGGCUCAUCACGCAUCCCGCGCCACAAGCUUCUGUGGUCACACGAUCCUCGCCGAGGACGACGAACCUCUGGUCGUGUUGGACGCAUUCAAGGAUUGGCGCUUCUGCAACAACCCGAAUGUCCUCGGCCCACCCAACGUGAGGUUCUACGCAGGUGCGCCGUUGCGAUCAUCCAAUGGGUACAAUGUUGGCAGUUUGUGUCUUGUUGAUGACACACCCCGGCCCGACUUCCCACCGAGGUCGAGGCACAUCUUGAAGGAAUUUGCGGCAAUCGUGAUGCGUGAGAUGGAGCUCUGGCGCGAUCGAUUGCAACUCCGAACACGCGACAAGAUCCAGACGUCGAUGGAGAAGUUUACGCGCGAGUGUCUCGAGAUUAACGAGGAGAUUACGUCAGGCGACUUUGACUCGGCCAGCCGGAUGAACCAGGUGUACCGAAGAGCAGCCAAGCUCAUCACGACAACGCUCGAGCUCGACGGGUGUACGAUCCUGGACAUUAGCCAGUUCGAGCGCGUCGAAAUGUCGACGUCCAAUGGCGAAAGGCAAACCAUCUACCACGCCAACCCGUAUGCCGAAGGCGACGCGCACAUGGUAGAGCCGGCAGGAGUCUUUGGGCCUGUGUCUCCGUUCCCUGUGCUGUCGACCGCUCCCGGUAACUCGGUUGAGACGAGGCAGCUGACAGGCAUCGAACACGAGAGGAUGUCGGCCUUCCUCGCGGACCACAGAGACGGGCGCAUCUUCGAGGGCGUUGCUCCGUCAUGGAUCAAGUACGUCUUCCCACCGACGCUCAAGUACGGAAUGGUGGUGCCCGUGAUCGGCAUAGAUAAACAGCCGUUCGCCCUAAUCUGCGCCUACACGCACGACAAAGGCAAGCAGUUCCUCGAGGGCUACGAGCUGCAGUUCCUCAGAGGCAUAGGUGUCAUCAUCCUCUCAGCAGUCCUCCGCCGGCGCAUGCUCCUCGCCGAUCGGUCGAAGAGUGUCCUCAUCUCGUCUGUGAGCCAUGAGCUGCGAACACCGCUGCACGGCAUCCUUGCCGCGUCCGAGUUGCUCAGCGACUCGAACCUCGACCAGAACCAGGAAGCGCUGCUGUCGACAGUCCGCACAUGUGGUCUCCAGCUCAUCGACACUGUCAACCACGUCUUGGAUUUCACAAAGCUCAGCGGCGGGUCCAAGCACCUGCCCAGCAAGCCUCAGAUUGAGCGGUCCAAGACCAACCUGACCGACCUCAUUCUUCAGACAGUGGAGAGCUGCUGGCUAGGCGCGCGCGGCAAGUCGAUGCAGCUAAGCGAAAGUUCGCCAGGGAGUUUCUACGCCCCAAUCGUUCAAGGUCUCCUCCCGCACGAGGAGCGCGUGCAGGUCCAACAGGCACUUGCUCACGUCGAGACUGUGCUCGACCUCGGGCCACGUCAGGGUGGAUGGAACGUAAUCUGCGAGACAGGCGGCCUGCGCCGGUCGCUGAUGAACAUUUACUCGAACGCCAUCAAAUAUACCAAAGAAGGGUACAUCCAAGUGGUCUUACGCGAGUUGCCCACCAGCCCCGGCUCAGGACACAUCACAGUGCAACUGGCUGUUAUCGACACGGGGAAGGGUAUUGGGAAGGCGUUCCUCAAGGACCAAAUAUUCCAGCCGUUCUCGCAGGAGGACCCACUGCAUCCCGGAACUGGUUUAGGUCUGGCCAUCGUCAACAGCAUCAUGCGCUCGGACGCUAUCAAGGGCAACGUCGAGGUAUGGUCGAUCGAGGGCGAGGGUACCGAGGUCCGCCUCACUUUCGAUGUCGAGGUAGUCAAUGACCCAACGCACUUCCCAACGGACCGUAACAUUGGUAGAGGGCUCUGCGUGGGCUUCAUCAACUACAACCCCAACCAUCGCGGCUUGCAGCUCAGCAAGGAGGUGAUGAAACAGUACGCCGAGUAUCUGGGCUACUCGAUUGCCCCCGACUACCGCGACGCCGACGUGCUCGUCAUGAACGAACUGGGCGGCCUUGACCAGGAUAGCCUCGAGGUUGUGCGGCAGAAACCCACACUGCUUAUGGUCACGUUUAAGAUCUGGAGCCGGGACAAGCUCAACGAGCUCGGCUUGCUCAAGGACCAGUACGUGCGUGUUAUGUGCAAGCCGAUGGUGCGCUACUCGGUACUGUACGAGCUCGAGCGUGCGGCGCGCUACAUCCGCAGUGGAAGCCAGGGCGAUGGCAGUGAUCUGGGCGAGCUUCCCAGCCAGAUGAGGGAGAUGGCGCUUGACAGCCCAAACAUGUUCUCUCGACCACCCUACGAGGGGAGCACUGUUAGCUCGUUUGAGCCGCAGAUCAAGCCAACGAGUCCGUCAGUGUCUCCAUCCAUCCGACUAGCACCUGGCUUGACCCGCCGUCGCUCCGAUGAGGACCACGAGACCAAGCCAGCCCGGCCCCACCUUGCGCCAAGAGGCCUAUCGUACCAACCCGGCACACCCAACAUGCCCCCAUCCAAGGACGAGGCGCUGCUAUCCGAGGCCCCUUCGCCCAGCUCCACUAUCUCGCUCGCAGACGGCGGUGCGCUGCUCAAGGCAGUAACCGUACCAGACGAGCUGACGGCGUUGCCCAAAUCCCGCCCACCGCGCGUCAUGGUCGUCGAGGACAACGUCAUAAACCGCCGCGUGCUCACGGCCUUCCUGCGGAAACGCGGGUGCGAGUACCAGGAAGUGGUCGACGGAUCACAGGGCGUCAAAUUGUUUGAAGGGACGCCGCCGAACUCGUGGGACAUCAUCCUCAUGGACAUCAACAUGCCGAUCAUGAACGGGUUGGACGCGACGCGUGCGAUCCGCGCCGCGGAACUUCAGAGGCGUCAUCCGGACGGCGUGCCCAAGGUGGGCCUUGGUACCGCCCCCGAGGUCGGGGCGCCAGUCUCACGCGCACCGCAGCCCAACCACAGCAAAAUAUUUGCACUCACCGGCCUCGCCACGGCCGACGACAAACGCCAGGCGUUUGGAAGUGGCGUAGAUGGAUAUCUCGUCAAACCUGUAUCUCUUGCGAGUCUAGACAUGGUCUUUAAAAAGAUUGGAUUUUAG